AUGAACAGUGAACAGAAAUCGUGUGAAAAAGGAAAUGUUGCACGUAUUGUUGACAGAUUAAGCAAAGAUUAUGGGUCUGGCUUGGGGAAUUCUACAAUGGUUUCGACAAAAUUGGAAAAUGUUCCAUUGAGGAAUAGAGCACUUAAUACAUCAACGUCCGGAUUUGGUCUUCCCUUCCAUUCAACAGAAACUGCUGUCGUUCGCUUUUCUUAUGCUGCACAACAACCAGACGAAUUGGAUUUAAAAGAAGGCGAUGAAUUAGCUGUUUUGGCUCAUACAGAAGAUGGUUGGGCUCGUGGCGAAAUUAUUAAUUCUCCAAAUAAUCCUGGAAGGAAAGGACUUGUCGGACUAUAUCCUACUAAUUUUGUCUCUACUUCCUCUGCAACACCUUCUAAACAAAUUCCUCCUGUUUUGAGCAGCCCUUCAUCUACAUUCCCACGAUCUGUUGACUCCUCACAUGACAAAUCGCAUCAAGAGAAUUCCCAUUCCACGUUAAUUAGCGGGGUUAGUGCCCAUCAACUUUCUUCAUCAGCACCAAAGCCAACUGUGAUUGGAGGGGUAGGAAACAAUUUUUCCUCGUUAGGCAAUGGUGCCACAACUGUUACAUCAAGCCCCGGCGUUUUACACACGGGAAAUGUUUUGCCUUCAAGUCUUCUCAGGGGAGGUACGGUUGGUAGCCGGACAGGAGAAAUGUGUGCACGAAGAGUUACAUCAACGUUGAUGACUGAAAAUGCUUCAAAUUCUCAUUCAUUUGCGCCUUUAGCUGAUAAAGAUAUGGCUAAAGUUUUGUACAAAUAUGAUGCUGCUGCUCCCGAUGAACUUAGUUUGCCAGAAGGAACUCUUGUUACCGUUAUUAAUCGUCAAUGCGAAGACGAAGGCUGGUUUAUCGCUGAAGCUCCGGAUGGCCGUAGAGGAUUAUUUCCUGAUAAUUUUGUUAAAUUCUUGCCGUCUGAAUCUGCAAUCAAUAUUCAAAGUUCACAAAUUUCACAUCAGCCACCUUCUCUUCCGGCAAAGCCACAAAAAUUUAAUGCUUCAACACAUGGUCAUUCUCAACCUGUGGCAUUUGUUCGGGACUCUUUAUUUGGAGAUUCAACAACAAAGCAACCAAAUAUGUCAUCUGAAGCAAAAACACCAACAGAUACAGGCACAGAUAAAUUAAUGACAACUUCUGCAAUUUCUCUUUCAAAUGAUGCAGAAAAUAAUAAUAUUAGUCCAACAAAUGCAGCAACACAAAAUAUAAUCUCUUCUUCUAAUAAUACGCCUGGAAAUCGUCAUUCAAUGAUUGCUGGAAUGCAAAAAAUAUUAUUUCCUGGAGGGAAAUUGCCUUUACAACAACCAGGCUCUCAACGUAAUUCUACAAUUAUUAGUGGAGGAAAAUUGGCAGAAGCUUCGGCAAAUGUUGAACCAAAAAUGACUGAUUUUGAUAAUAAUAUUGGUGGUGGUGGGGGAAUAAAUAAACAACAAAAUAAUAAUAAAUUAUUGGCUUCUUCUUCAAUUGUUACUGCACGGACAAAAAUUGUACCGUCAAAUAAACGUCCGCCUUCUAAAGUGAAUUCUGCUGCUUUAUUAGCUGAAAAUACAAGAGAUUCAUUUGACAAUAACACCGAUACAAAAAUAUUAGAAAUGUCAUCACCAACAUUUACUAGUACUUCUAAAACAACACAAUCUUCUACUUCAAGUCCUACAACAGCAACAGGAAUAAAUAAUAAUAUUAAAACUACAAGUGUUUUUUCAGCUAGUUCUGGAGAAGAAACUAGCCAAUCUCAGCAUCGUUAUGUGCCACUUGCAGAAAGAAUUAGUUUUCAGCCACCAAAAACUACUUUAAUUUCUAGCCAUGUUCCUUCAAUUUCACUCAAUACAACAUCAACAACAAAAGAAAUGUCAACAAUUCCACUAUCUUCGUCACCAGAAUCUGCAACGGGUGGAGGAAUAUCUUUAUCUCAAACAACUCCUUCAUCUUCUCAAUGGGUUUCUCGUGCUGAUUUUGAUCGUUUUGCCGAAGAAUGUAAUCGACGAUUUUCUGAAAUGAAUGGAGAACUCUCCGACUUACGUCGGAGAGUUGAAGCAUCUCAAAAUAAAUAA